AUGGGAAAUGAAUUUUGCCUAUCCAAAAGAUCACCAAAACGGACAAUUUUAAAUGACGAUGAGAGACAAUAAGUAAAAAGAUUGUACAAGAAGCUCAUUUCUAGACAUGAUGAGUAAGUUAUUAAUUUGAUUAUUGAACUUACAAGAAUGAUUAUUUGAAUGAAGAAUGUUUUCAGUAUCUCCUGAAAAAUAGACCAACCAUUGCUUUGAAAUUAUUUAAAUACAUGGUCUUUCAUCACUCUGAUGAACGACCAUCAUUUGAGGCUUUUGAAGAUUUGGGUAAGAAACUAAUCUAAUAAACAUAGUUGGUAAAUUGACUAAACCAGAAACUCUGAAUAGAAUGACUAGAACAGAAUAAUAUUCAAUAAUUUCAAUUUAAAAGAUAAAUAUGGCUAAAAUUGAUUAUGAUUAGGAAAAAAUCUCAUAUUUAGAUGCAUUUGAUUUAUUAAGUGAAAUCGAAUACUUCAUAUGGGAAUAAGGAUAUUUUGUUACAGAUUAUUUAAUCUAAGAUGAAUACACUACAAGAUCAAUCCUAAGUAGAUUAUUUACAUCUUCUGCUGGUUCUAUAAUGUUCUAUGAACUUACAAUAUUUUUAGAACAAAACUUUCCUUGUUUAUCAAUAUUAUUAACAAAAUAUUUCAAUUAAUUAUUUAUUUCUUAAAGAAAUUAUAAUUAAUUAUCUAAAUUUCAAAAACCCUCAUAUUUAGUUAAUAAUUCUACUUUUGGAUAUAUGGCCAUUAGUAGUUCUAUUAUUUAAGAAGCAGAUUCAUUUGAAUUGUUAUGGACAAGUGUAAGAGGAUGGAGUUUUGAUUAAUUAUAUUCAGCUUUAAUAGGAUUUAAGGGAGCAACACUUAUUUUAAUUAAAUUUGAUGAUAGUACUGAAAAUGAUAGUGAUGAAGAAGAAAAUGCAAAACAAAAAAAAAUAAAAAUUAAAAGUAAUAAACAUUGUAUUGUGGCAGCAUUAAAUUCAACAUAAUGGAUAGAAACAAAUUCAUAUUAAGGAACUAGUCAAUCAAUAUUAUUUUAAUUAUAUCCCACUUAUAAUCCUUUUAAUGUAGCAAAUGAUGUUUUUAAAUCCAAAAGACCUGGAUCUUAAAAUUAUUGUUAUAUAAAUAAAACAGAUAAUAAGAAAGGAUUAGGUUUUGGAGGAGAUAUGAAAUAAUUUAGAUUAUGGAUUUCAGCCUAAAAUAUGUAAUAAUCAAGUUAUGCAGCAAAGCAAGGAGAACCAUAUAUAAAAGGUAUUUAAUAAUAAAUAAAUUUAUUAUAGGAGAUUUGAUUGAUCCUUCAAUUUAGACACCUACAAUCACAUAUAUAGAGGCAUGGGGAGUAGGUAAUUAAAAUUUGGAAUGUGAAAGUAGUAGUGAAGAAGAAAUAAAGUGUUAUAGAGAAUCUACGAAUGAUUUAUUAUUAAAAUAUCAAUCAUGA